CGCCCGGCCCCGCGGAGCGCGGGGGGCGGCGGAGGGGUCCCCGCGGCCCCGGCAGCGCCGCCCCCGCUCCCGCCUCCCCGCGCUCGGAGGGCGGGGAGCGGGGCCGGCGCGGGUGGCGCCCAGAGCCCUUUGUGGGUGCAGCUGCGUUCGGCGGCGCCGGAGCCCGAGGGGCCGAGCAGCCCCGGCCCCGCGUCCCGCGGCGUGCGGGCAGAGCCGCGGGCGGCAUGCGGGGCCCCCGCUCCGCCCCCUCCGCCGCCGCCCGCCUGCGGAGCCGCCGCUCCAGAGCCCGGCCGGCGAUGGGCAGCGCUGCCCGCUGAGCGGGGCCGUGCGAGGCGCGGGGAUGCGGCGGGCGGCGGGCGGGCGGAGCGGGGCGCGCCCCGCGGGGCCCGAGGCAGCGCCCGGCCCCGCGGCCCCGCGCCCGGCCCGGCCCGCGGGCGGCGGAGCGGGCCCGGCCGCGGCCGCCCUGCUGCUGCUGCUGCUGCUGGCCCUCAUCGCGGCCGUCCUGCCCAGCGCCCGCGCCGAGCCGGGUGUCAGGCAACAGCAUAUCAAUGAUGCUCCUUCUACAGGACCUUUUCCUAAUUGGAGAUCUAUACUAUCACCAACACGGCCUUCCACAGAAACUAAGACUCCCUCAGUAGCUGAUCUUUCUCUGGGACAGACUUUGGAGAACGCAGACCUGCUUCAGAUGAUAAAAACAACGCUGACUGGCGCCCGUACCAGGACUUUGGAUCAGAUGCACCUGGCACCCUCCCUCUACCAAGGCAGUGGGAACAGCGCGCCCCAGGAACCCGCUGAGGUUUCAGCCGAGUCGCCCCUGAGGCCGUCGUCUCAAGAUGCAGAUGACACAGCUGCUCUAACAGUGUUAUCUGGAGUAUCUUCUGGUGCAAUACCUACAGUAGAAACUUCAGAAGCAAAACCAAUAACAAGAAAAUCAUCUCCAGCUUCACCAGUGCCAGCUUCUUCCUUCUUUUCUCUAGGCACUGAAAACACACCUUCGCCAUCCGUGAUGGCUUUAAGCACACCGAUCCUGACACUAACAAAAAAUAACACUGCCACAAAACUGACACCGGAUCUAAGCUCAGUAGGAACACGGGCAGAUUUUCCUUUUGCAACGAGAAACACGACUGCCUCACCUCUGGACAUGCCAGCCCUGCUCACAACCCCCAAGAGCAGCACGGUCACAGCUUCCACACUCGCACCCACAGCCCACGUACCAAGGCAGAUAGAAACAACAGUAACUGACACCCAGAAGCUCCCGAGCUCAGACAUCACCAAAACGCCAACCCCAUACCCACUGACAAUGACAGCAGCUUUGACAUCUAUUACAGCAUCAGCGAAAACAACUAGGCUUCCCCCUCCUGCCGUGGAACUCAGCCCCGCUCCUCCCGGCACCACGGCAGCAGCCGCUUUCGCUAACAUGACGGCAGCUCCCUCCUUGGAUUGCCGGCUCUCUGCCAACAUGAUGGUGAAAACAGUUCUCUUUCUGAACACAAGGAGGAUGAUGAUCAGCAAUGCCUUCAGGGAGAGUGUGAGAAAAGGCCUCAACCAAGUGCUGAGACAAGCUUUCAACCAGAAUGUCAGUGCUCAGGUUGAAAUCCUGGAGCAGUCGAGCAACCUGACCGUGGGUUACUACGUCACGCGGGGCCGGCUGGUUUUCACGCCAGCUGCCGUGGCAGAGAAGCUGCUCGCCUACGGCCUCGGCAAUGCCACGGCGGACAUGCAGCAGCACGUGCCACACCUGCAGGCCCUGGUGGCCCUGGCCCUGCCCUGGCAGCCCCUGCCCGCCUACCACCUGCAGCUGAAGACAGAGCUGCAGUUUGUGGGUCAAACAGAUAAUAUUCAGUCAUGCAAAUUUGUUCAGACCAUGGAACAGCGGCUCCAGAGAGCAUUUCAGGAUGCUGAAAGGAAGGUCCUAAACACCAGCAACAACUUAACUGUGCAGAUUUUGAACACCUCCAAUGUCUCCCAAGCUGUCACUCUGUUUUACGUAGUGAAAAAUCAAAGCACAACUCUAAAUGGCACUGUUUCCAGCAACCUUCUUAAUCAGCUGUCAGCUGAGCUGGUGGGUUUCUACCUCACCUACCCACCUCUCACCAUUGCUGAAUCUUUGGAGUACCCAAACCUUGAUGUCUCGGAAUCAACUAGAGACUACUGGGUGAUAACAGUCAUCCAGGGGGUUGAUAUUGCUUUGCUGGGGCUGAACAACCAGAGCUUUGCCAGGCUGAUGGAGCAGCGCUUGGCCCCGCUGUUCAUGAUGUCCCACCAGCAGGGACGGCGGUUCCGACGUGCCACCACCGUGGGCAGCUACACUGUGCAGAUGGUAAAAAUUCAACGUAUUCCAGGACCCAAGGAGCCAGCUGAACUGACAUACUACACUUUAUACAAUGGGAAGCCUUUGUUGGGCACUGCAGCUGCCAAAAUUUUGAGUACAGUUGACUCCCAGAGGAUGGCCUUGACCCUGGGCUAUGUCAUCCAAGUUCAAGCUGAUCCUGUGGUGAAGAAUCCCCCAAACAACCUGUGGAUCAUUGCAGCUGUGCUGGCUCCUAUUGCAGUGGUCACCGUCAUCAUCAUCAUCAUCACCGCGGUGCUGUGCAGGAAGAACAAGAACGACUUCAAACCAGACACCAUGAUGAACCUGCCUCAGAGAGCCAAGCCAGUACAAGGCUUUGACUAUGCCAAGCAACACUUGGGCCAGCAGGGAGCAGAGGAUGAGGUUUUACCUGUGACUCAGGAGACUGUCAUCCUUCCACUUCCAGUCAGAGAUGCUCCUGCCUCCCAGGAGAGAGAAAAUACCCAGGAUGGGAGCACCAUCAAAACUGCCAAAUCCAACGAAACCAGGAAAAGCCGCUCCCCGAGCCAGGCCGGCUCCAUCCUCAGCAAUGGCUCGGGAAAGCCCAGCUCCGGCCGGAGCUCCCUGCAGAAAGUGAUGGCACCGCAGAAAGCGGCCAAAGAGGAGGGCAGGAAACGGAACGUGGCCGUGAGUGAUGAAGAGGAAGGAGGGAUUCUCUUUGAUAAUGUCGCCAAGUCUGCCAUGGACCCCUUUGACACCUCCUCGGGCUCGGUGCAGCUCAUCGCCAUCAAACCCGUGGCCCUCCCUGCUGUCCAUGCUGCUUCAGAGAGGAGCCAGGAGUCUGCCAUCAUCAAUGGGGAGGUGAACAAGGCUUUGAAGCAGAAGUCUGAUAUAGAGCACUACCGCAACAAGCUGCGCCUGAAAGCCAAGAGGAAAGGCUACUAUGAUUUCCCACAGGUUGAUAAUAGCAAGGCGCUGACAGACAGAAAAAGGAUGUAUGAGAAAAACCAGAAAGAACUUGACCACAUUUUGGAUCCAGAUGCAGAUGUCUCAUCGCCAUUUGCUGAGCCUAAGAACAGGCAGCCACUGAAGAACUCAGUGUACAGAAGCAGGCAGUCCCUGAACAGUCCCAGCCCAGGGGAAACUGAGAUGGAUCUCCUGGUGACUCGAGAAAGGCCGAGGCGUGGCAUCCGGAACAGUGGAUAUGAUACCGAGCCUGAAAUUAUAGAAGAAACAAACAUUGACCGCGUCAACGAGCCGCGGAAUUACGGCAGGGCCCGGCAGGCCAAGGGCCACUCGGAGACGUCGACGCUGAGCUCGCAGCCGUCCAUCGACGAGGUGCGGCAGCAGAUGCACAUGCUGCUGGAGGAGGCCUUCAGCCUGGCCUCCGCUGGCCACGGGGGCCAGCCCCGGCAGGACGCCUACGGCUCGGCCCCACACCUGCCCUACUCCGAGGUGGUGACCAGUGCCCCCGGCACCAUGAGCCGGCCGCGGGCGGGCGUGCAGUGGGUGCCCACCUACCGGCCAGAAAUGUACCAGUACAGCUUGCCAAGGCCCGCUUAUAGAUUUUCUCAGCUUCCUGAGAUGGUAAUGGGUUCUCCUCCCCCUCCUGUCCCUCCCAGAACGGGUCCUGUGGCUGUUGCCUCUCUCAGGAGGUCUACAUCAGAUAUUGGCAGCAAAGUGAGAAUACCUGAGUCCAGUGGAGCAGACCAGGCCCAGCAUCAUGACCAGACACCUUUUGCAGCGGGUUCCAGAGCUCCCAUGUCUGUUGGCCCACUCGAUCAAUCGGCUUUUCACUCAGGAAACACGGUACCAGCAGUGUUUGCCAUUCCAGCAAACCGCCCUGGCUUCACGGGCUAUUUCAUCCCAACUCCUCCCACUGCCUACAGGAACCAAGCCUGGAUGCCCUAUGCUGGAGAGAAUGAGUUACCAGGGCAGUGGGCAGACUCUGUCCCCCUUCCUGGCUACAUCGAGGCUUACCCGAGGCCCCGCUACCAGCACAACUCGCCCUCCCGGCUGCCCAGGCAGUACAGCCAGCAGGGCAGCCUGCACCCCAGCCUGGAGCAGGCUCCGCUGGCCUCCGCCGCCGCCUCCCAGCAGAGCCUGGCCGACAACGACCCCUCCGACGCGCCGCUCACCAACAUCUCCACGGCUGCCCUCGUCAAGGCAAUAAGAGAAGAAGUGGCCAAGCUGGCCAAGAAGCAAACAGAUAUGUUCGAGUUCCAGGUCUAAUAUAUCUUCCGUGCACGGUGUUUGUGUCUUGCGACCUGGGGUAGCCAAGAAAGCAACUCCUUUAAUUUUCGGCUACAAACUUUCUGUGAGUUGUGCCAAAGCGAUGGCAUUUUAAUCUGUCUGAAAAGUCAACACUAUGAAAUGAAGGUAUGCAAAGCAGAGCAACGGGACUCUGAAGACACGAAAUUCUGCUUUCCAGCUAAGGAAAAGCUGCCAGAAACUGUUUCAUACUGAUGAGAUCAACCAUAUGCAAUUGUUUGCCACUUCGUCCGUGCCACAAGAAGUUUCAUUUGCAGGCCCAGAGGCAGAGCUGCUGAAAAUAACUUCUGCAUGCCAAAACUUUGAUUCAAGAAGAAAAAACCCACAGAACAGGGUUUGCUGGAGGCCACGGCUGGCAUGGCAGUGGCCGUGGUAAUUGUUUGCUGUAGGACAUUGUACAAGGGGUGCUGAUUUCAGCAAUGCAGAGUCAUUUCAGCCUUUUCAUCCCAGAGACUGUAUUCAAGCCAAAAGAUUCAACAUGAUUAAGUAAUACAAAUAAAAGGCCUGUAAAUAGCUCCGAGUCUCUUCAUCCUAUUAACAGUGCAAAGAAGUGAAAGAAGAGAGGACUGUGAAGAAGGUGAAUGACAUUUCCAUAAUUGGUGGCUACCUUGUCCCUCAGUGCCACUGAUGAGUUAUGGAGGAGAUUUUAUUUUCAGCGUGAGAGAAUACAAUGCAUGAAGAGCCAGAAAAGGAUAUUGGUGCUAAAAGUUUCCCAGAGAAAUGAAAAAAGGUUAUUCUUGUUUUCUCUGUAAUUGGGCUUUUCACUCUGAAUGCAUGUGAAGCUGGUAAACCUGAGACCUUUAAAUCCUUCCAACCUGGAAAAAUGAAUACACCUGCUUGGACAAGGAAACCUCUGUUCAACACAGUGCUUUUUCCCCCUCUUUCUUUAACAAUGCUAUCUACUAAAGCGAUGCCAGAAAGUGCUACCUGAAGCUGCAGUUGAUUUUGAUUGCCCUGGCACGGUGAAUGCGCACCCAGGAAGUUCUGAAUGUAGAGGACCUAAUUACUAUAUUAACAUGUAAAUAAGUUAACAGCUACACGGAUUAACAAGAAAUAUGAAUGUUCUGUGAAAAAAGAAGCAUUGCUGGAAAUGAUGCUGACUUUAUAUUGUGCAAGAUAAAGGUCACUGAUUGUUACACUGCGUUGUGGUAGGAAUCCAAUCCCAAAAGAAAAUCAAACCUCUUGGGAUGGGACAGUAGUUAAUAUUUUGCAGUUGUACAAACUAGUUGAAGGUCAUGAGCAGUUGUUGUCAGUUCCUUCAGCAAUUAGCUUCAGGAACUGAAGUUGCAAAAUUUGUUGUGUUGGGCGUGUUUGAUGUCAACUGGAGUUAAAGGCAAUGUCCUCCAUUUCAGUGGGUUAUUUAGUUAUCCUCAAUUACUAUUUUGUCUGAUCAUUUCAUUUCCCUGAGUUUCUUUGGUCUUAGCUGGUGUGAGAAAGGGAACUUGGUUUAGCUUUUUGGCUAUCGGUAAAUUGAGAGAAGGAGAGAGAAGACUAGAAUAGGGGAUAGAAGAAGAAAUUGAUGAAGCACAAACUUUUAAGGCAGAGCUAUUUUCCCCCCCUAAUAAUCAUAUUAUAAACCCUGAGACUGUGAUGCGUAAUUAUCCUAGAAUAUACAGGCAUCCUAUGCUCCAAUACCUUGAAUAUUGCAGAAGUGUUUGGAAUGCUAGUUAAUCUUUCAAUAAAUGUGAAAUUUCAUUUUUAUUAUUUCAAAUCAGAUAUAAAUAAAAUGUAUUUUUGUAAUUUCUAUGUAUAUAUGUGCUGUAUAUUUAUAUAAGUGACUAGUCUGCUAUAGUCAGAAAAUUUCCAUAAACUAAGUGGGAAAAAAAAAAAAGAAAGAAAGAAUAAACCCCUGAUAAUUUUACUGAUCGAUAUAAAUGUGCUAUGUCUGGAGUACACAAAUAUACAAUUGGGUGACUUGGAUACUAAACAACCAAAGAAACUAAAUUUUUCUUAUAAAUACAAGUCUAGUAAAAGCUGACUGCUGUCUCAGUCAGGUAAUACUGAUAUUAUCACUGUAAUACAACACAGCCAAAUUGGGUCAAAUUAAUAGCUGGCUAAGAGCAUCACACUUUGGAGUAACAGCUGAAAAAUACUGGGCCAAACUCAGUGUGCCACAGAAAGGUUCUGGUUGGCUUUGGUGGGAAUUACACUCACUGAGAGCAAGACUCUAUUGGGCUUUGUCUAUAAAAGCAAAUUUCACUAGACCCCUUUAACAGAAUUCUGUUUAUUUUUCUGUCAUUUGGAUCCCUGUAACAUAAGUGCAGAUAUAAUGGAAGAGCAGCUGACUUUCAUGUAGCCUGAGCUGGUUCACAGCUGGCUUGAGCUAACCCGGGAAGUAAAACCUACACCAGGUUGUGUCAGCCACAUUCUGCAUCAGCUUUACUAUCUCAGUUUUUGAAUGAUUCUUCUAUGUAGCCCAGUGAAAAUUUGCCAGUAAAUGGGCCCUUCUAAGCAAUGGGGGUGAAAUGUGCUGUGUAAUAAAUUUCUCUAGCUUAGACUCCAGUUUUGCAGGGCUGUUCUGAGGCUGAAAUUAUGCAAGCAGCCACGAUCCCAUGGAUGGGCACACUGAAGUCAUAGAGGUGGGAAGGGUAAUGUAACAAUAUAUUCCCAAAAAAGUCACAGGAAGCAGGGCAUUCCAAAUUAAAAUGACAUCUUUUGGACACUUAGCUCUUUGUAAGUCUGUUCCCAUUCUUAAAUGGUGGCAAUUUAAUAGUUCUAUUAAAAAUGUGUGAGGGUAAAGUCUCAGAUAUCUUACACAAUGAAUCUUGUGUCUUGCCAUACUGGAAACUAAAGAUUUUGGAAAGUAUAGAGAUGUCCAGGGUAGAAAAUGGCAAAACCCCAAACAAAAGCAUUUAAAUAGCCUUCUAGAAAGAAAAAAACAUUUCAGUAGAGUUAAACAAAGUACUCUUCAUACUUCCGACAAAGACCUGUUAGAGAUUCAAAAUUAAUUUUGUUUGUUAUUAUUAUGGAUGAUGUGCAGUCUAUUUAGUAUUUCCUGAACCAUCACUCUGAAACCAUUGUGGUGCACUUUAUUCAGAAAACCAUCUUGCAUUCUUCAUUCAUUAUGCCUUUUUAUCCUGUUUGUAAUAUGUUUCUGUAAUUUUUUUUUUUUUUAAGUAUAAAGUAAGAUUAUAUCAAGACAGGACAUUCCUGGGAAAGAAAAAUCAUGCUGUAAUAUUUAUACUGUCUGAGCACAAAGCUAUGAUAAAGUGAAAAUAUAGUGUACAAAUAAUUUGUAAUAUAAUAAACAUUUUGUAUGGCUACAAAUUACAAUAUGGUUUUUCAAUACUGAUUUCAAAGAAGAAAGUAUUUGUGUUUAAAGUUAUAUAACCUGGUCAAGAUAUAUCCAUGCCAUUUUUACAGAGAAAAAAAGUAGUAAUUUUGCUUUUUCUACUCAAUGCCCCAGUUUUCUUUAAAGAUAUGUUAAAUGUUUAGGUGAAAGUACUGUUUACUGUGUACAUAAAAUGUUGAUGUUCUGACCACUAUCUGUCUUCAGAUUUGUAAAUCAUCAGUAGGAACAGUUGCAAAUGAAACAACAAAAAAAUCCUUCCUGGUAUGUUUGUUCUGACCACUUUCACUUGGAAAACCAUGUGUGACAUUUUUUAGUAUCAGUAGAACAGUAACUUUAAAAGGAUAAAAGGGAACUUGUUGGCAGUCAUUUCUUGACUUGUUGGCAGUCAUUUCUUGACAUAUUAUCUCUGUUGGAGAGAAGCUCCAGCACUCAGUCUGGAAAUAUGAGUAAUAUUUGUAUGUCAUAAUACUAUGGGUAGAACUUGAUAGAAGUGUAUGCAAGCCCUAUAUAUAGAAAUGAGGAUAGUACCUUCAACACUGAUCAUUUCGUUUUCAGACUCUCCUUGAAAGAUGAGACGCUUAAGAAGUGUAAGAUAAAAAUGAGAGGCAGGUAGAAAAUGCAGCAUUGUGUAGAGUGGAAGAAUUACUUUGUUUAAGGGCUGAUAUAUUCCAAGCUGACCAGUUUCCAUUACAUUUCAAGACGUCUGACUGUUAAAGAAUUAAUCACAUUUUAAUGAAUGUUUUUUAGCCCUGCAUUGCCAAUAUAAGAGCUGACUGCCAGUUUCUAGAAAUCAGAGGGAGCUUGAAAGCACAAAGUUUACUGAGCUCACAGAAGCCACUGCAUUUUGCUGCCCCUCUUGUCCUGUGCACAUCCCAGCAGCUCCAAACCCUGUGUCCAACCAGUUUUUGUCCUGCUCUUGCAUUUCUUACACAUUAACAAAUCCCAGUGGCUUCCCAGUCCCCACUGACACGAAGUGACAGAGGGACAGGGAUCUUGCAUGUCACUCAUACCUACUAGAAAAUGCAGCUUUCUCUUCAUGGGUUAAUUUUUAACUCUAGGAAUGAGCAACAGAUUUCUUUUUUGUUUAUCAAAAUAAUUCAAUUUUUUUUUCAUAUUUUAAGGAGAAGAGUACUCUUUCAGAAUGUUUUUUUGAGCUUUUGCCUUUCUCUCGGAAAUAAAUAAUGCAAGACUCAAUUUGUGGAAGUGAGAUUUAUGUAUAGGUCAGUAAAGAAAUGACAUACUGACUUGCUCUUUAAAAAUCUUUCAAGAUGGCCAAGUCAUGAAGGCAAAGCUGUCAAUACUGCAGAAUCUCUCCUGAGAAUAACUGCAUUGAACAAGUUUGUUUAGGUAGGCCCUGAUUUUAAAAAUAGUUGAAAUGCCCCCAAAUCAUAUAAUAUUUAAUGUGUUUAAAAUCACCUUAAGGUCAUAUUCUUAUGAAUAUUGUAUCAUAUUCACGUGUAUCUAUAUAUGAGUGUGUCAAAAAUAAUUUUUCAAACCUGGUUCUAUUUGUCCAUCAAUUUGUCCCCAUCCAUUUCAGGUUCCUUAAGGGGUACAGAGGCAGAAAUAAAGAGAUAAAUCUCAGAGUUGUUCUGUUAUGAAGCCCCUGAAAGGUGAGAAAUGGGCUUUAAAUAGUUAGGUGGUCAAAUGUAUAGUAGAUGUCUUGAAAAUAAUUACAAGUAUCAUGAAGAGAUGUCUCAGGAAUUUGAUUUUUUUUCUUUUUUGCAUUUGUUAAAAAUAAUUAUUGUUUUAAGAAGUCUGACUUCAUGAAUUUUCCACAGUCAGUUCAUACCCAAGGAGUAAGCUGUUCCUAUAUUGCAUUCUGUAAAGAAUUUUGUCACUUUAGAAACGGACACUUACCUACUAGGCAAUAAUGGGUGCAAAGGACUGUAAAUCACAAAGAAAGGUGAUUCCACUGAGUGCAAUAUUUAGAGAGCAGGUGAAUUUCUCUCCCAGAGUAUUCCCUCCUCACUGGAGCCCAGAGCAUUUCUGUGCUGUGCAAACCAGUCCAAACACCAUAACAACCUGUGGCAAUCAGUUCAGGCCUUGUGUAUCUGACAAGGAGAUCUGGAUGUAGGUGAACUUGAAGUUUAUUCUUUAUUCCUGUCUUUAUCUCCAUGCUGCAAUAAGGAAAAAACCUUAUUUUAGUAUUUCCUUCUAUGACAAAGAGACUGGGAAGGCUUUUCCAUCUCAUCUUGCUGUUGACUUCUUAUUGCAAGCUGCAUUCAACAUCAUACUUGAUAGAAAAAAAAGGAGGGUGAAGCCAAGGAUUUUGGAAAAUAUGAUAGAACCCUAAAUGCUGAGGCCUAAAUUUUGAUGCAGGAUCUAGCAACCCAACAGGAACAGCUCAGGCCUAACAAAAGGGUCAGGUCUGGGCAGUUCUUGGUCUUAUCAGAAAGCAUGUUUGUCCAGCACAGAUACUCCUAUGCUUUUUGAUUUUUUAUCUUCAUUGAAUGUCUUUCCUGCCAUCACUGUGCAUUCUGAAUUUGAGUUUCACAUUGUGCACACAAAGAAAUGCACUCUUUACCUCACUGACACCUGGUGUGACAGAAGCAGGAACCAAUACAGGACAGAAGUUUAAAUAGCUGCGGCACUGCAUAGCUUCAGCCCACGGUGUGCUUUGUGUGUUCUCCUAUUAGGUAACAUUUUCCACUGCAAUUACUGGCUAAACACCUGCUUCCUUCAAGGAGAAAAGGGCUGAGCUAGAGACCCCCCAAUAAAUUAGCCAUCAAGUGUCUUAAAACUGUGCCAGGAGAGGACAGAUGCUGUGAGUUUAUGGGUGGCUGGAAACUGGGAGAUGGAAGCUCAGUUUGCUCUUCUUGAGAAUUUUGGAGUGGUCCAAAAUGUGACUGUGCCUCAGUGCCCCAUCUGUAGGGCAGGGUGAAGGGGCUGCCUCUCCUCACUGCUCUGCUGAAACUCAAACCCUGGACUGCAGUGGAUGUUUUAGUAAGAAGCACCAUUUAUUACUUCAUUGAGCUUUGGGAACUGUUCAGGACUAUAAAGUACCUAUUCCUACCGUAGCAUUUCAAUAAAUGUGAAUUUACACGGGAAAAAAAAAAACACCUCUUGAAAAAUAUUUCAGUAUAUUCUAGGAAGCCUUUCCAAUAACAAUCUCUACACUUUUUUACAGAGAUUUACAGAAUUUAUAUCAAUAAACUGUCUCACUUCCCAGGCAACAGAUCUCACUUUCCAAGGAAAUGAACUUUUCUUACAUCUUUGAAUUAUGGAAAGGACUAGCUCUGCAUGAUUACAAAUAUCCAUGUUACCUUUGGUGUUCACAGCUUGAUUCAAUUGAAUUGUAAUGGCUGUGUCUGUGAAACUUGCUCAAAAUUUAUGAGUGGUUCAGCUGUAAGUGGGAAAAUUAAUUUUCUGAAGCUGCAAAAUUGAGAGCAAAUUUAAAGCUGAGUUUAGGGAUUAAAUCGAGAGAAUAAGAAAAUAAAUAAUUAAAAUUUUAUACUAUGCAAUCAGAAGGAAAAUUUCCAAGACCUGUUAUUUAAAAUUACAUGCUGAUGUAGAGUUUUACAUAUGAUUGAAAAGGAGAGUUUUAAAAUGUUCUGGGUCAUUACCAAAUUCCUGUGUUUUUACUCUGAGCCAUAGGGUGAUUCUAGAAAUAAAGCUUAUGAGUACAUAGAGUAGUUAAUUUCUUGUUAGUGGUUAUAGCUUAGCUGAAGUUGUACACGUGUUUUCCUUGGCAACUUUGCACAUGAAAUAAAAUAUGUCUUAAAA